AUGUCCAGUACUCAAACAUUCUUAGACGCCAUUGCCAACCGUCGUACCAUUUACGAUCUAAAACAAGAAUUACCAGCUGGUGUCAAGAUCGAAGAUGUUCAACACGUUAUUCAAACUAUUGUCAAGAAUACUCCAACCGCAUUAAACUCCCAAGAAAACCGUGCCAUCAUCUUGACCGGUGAAGCUCACAGACAAGUCUGGGACAGAGUGCUAAAAUCUAUCACUUCCAAGGACGGUAGAAAGAGACCAACCUCCGUUAGAGAUGAAGCUUACGGUUCUGUCAUCUUCUUCACCGAUAACGAAACCACCAACGAAUUCAGAAAGAAGUUCCCAGGUUUCUCCAAUGCUUUCAAUGAUGCCGCCUACUACACCUCUGGUGCUGUUCAAAUUGAAUCAUGGGCCGCUCUAGAAACUUUAGGUCUAGGUUGUCACUUGCAACAUUACAACGAAGCUGUUAAGGCUGCUUUGCCAUUGGAUAUCCCAAUCUCCUGGAGAGUCCAUUCUCAAUUAUGUUUCGGUGCUCCAGUGAAGGGGGCUCCAGCUAAGGACUUCAUUGAUAACCCAGUCAGAAUCUUAAAUUAA